UGCAUCCUCCACCCUCCCAGAGCCUCACCGAAAACCAGGACGACCGUCAAGCUUUCAAGCCAGCGGAGCCUGACCCCCACCCUGAUACGGGCGCAAACCUCCACCCAAGUGGAUCCAUCCGUCCCUCUCACUAACCAGCUCAUCAGACCUCCUCCUCUUCACCAUGGACACAGCGGUGGUGGUGACUGUGCUGGCUCUGGUUCUGACCAUGGCGGGGGUGGGCCGGUCUCUGCAGAUCCAGGAGGACGGGGUGCUGAACAGAGAGAACCUCAUGCCAGGCAGCUCAGAGGACAACAUGGCCGAGCAACUGCUGGAACUGGAAAGUGAGGAGGUGGGAGGUAAUGGUUUGGAGGAGCGAAUGCUACUGAGCUCACUGCUAAGGUCGCUCCUGAUUGGCUCCCAGAGACACGCCAGGAACUCCGUCCUCCACCAGCCACAGAGGUUUGGCCGUGGCGCGAGAGGAGGCCUGCUCUCAGACGAGAGGAUACAGUCACGUGACUGGGAGGUGGCCCCCGGCCAGAUCUGGAGCAUGGCUGUGCCACAGAGGUUUGGCAGGAAGUAG